AUGGGCUUCCGUCAAGCAGCCGUCCUCUCCUCAGUCUCUUUCUUCCUCGGCGUGCUGUUCAUAUGCUUCAACGUCGACUACCGCGUGCUGCACACCCAGCUCACUGACGAGGUCGUGGGCGACGCGUUCCAGUUCUACGCCACGUUCUUCAACGCCCCGCCCGCGAUCAAGGCGCUGCUGCACGCCAUGAUGGGCAUCGGGAUCCUCGCGCUCGUCGGCAAGCUGCACAAGUGGGACGAGAGCGCGGUCUUCUUCGACGGGUGCUCGCUCGGCGCGUUCGUAUUCGGCAUCGCCGUGUACACGACCGUGACGAUCCCGUCGCUGCGCACGAUCGUCGACCCCGUCGUCGGCAUCGACACGCGCGACGACCAGAUCGAGGCCGUGCGUGUGCUCUCGGCCGGCAACACGAUCCUCGUCGUACUCCUCGGCGCCAUCCUCGUCAUGCAGGGCGGCCAGGAAUACGCAAAGCGGGUCGAGGCCCGCGAGCUCGCGAAGGUGCUGGCUGCGGAAAACGCGAGCGUCGAUCAGAAUCCGAACGCGGCGCCGGUGUCGGCCAGCGAGAAGAAGGAGCAGUGA